GAAACCGUAAAAUGGAAUGGGAAAACCAAACAGUUCUGGUGGAGUUGUUUUUAAAGGGACUUUCUGGUUACCCGAAGCUUGAACUACUCUUUUUUGUGCUAAUCUUAAUGAUGUAUGUGGUCAUCCUUCUGGGCAAUGGCACCCUUAUUUUAAUCAGCAUCUUAGACUCUCAUCUUCACACCCCUAUGUACUUCUUCCUGGGGAACCUCUCCUUCUUGGACAUCUGCUACACCACCACCUCCAUUCCACCCUUGCUGGUGAGCUUCCUCUCGGAAAGAAAGACCAUCUCCUUCUCUGGCUGUGCAGUGCAGAUGUUCCUUGGCUUGGCCAUGGGGACAACAGAGUGUGUGCUCCUGGGCAUGAUGGCCUUUGACCGGUAUGCGGCUAUCUGCAACCCUCUGAGAUAUUCUGUCAUCAUGAGCAAGGAUUGUUAUGUGCCCAUGGCGGCUGCAUCCUGGUUUGCAGGGCUUGUCAACUCUGCAGUACAAACUGCAUUUGUGGUACAGUUGCCCUUCUGUAGAAAUAAUGUCAUCAAUCAUUUCUCCUGUGAAAUUCUGGCUGUCUUGAAGCUGGCCUGUGCUGACAUCUCAGGCAAUGAGUUCAUCAUGCUUGUGGCCACGACGUUGUUCAUAUUGACACCACUGUUGUUAAUCAUUGUUUCUUAUACAUUAAUUAUUCUCAGCAUCCUCAAAAUUCACUCUUCUGAGGGGAGAAGCAAAGUCUUCUCUACCUGCUCAGCCCAUCUGACUGUGGUGAUAAUAUUCUAUGGAACCAUUCUCUUCAUGUACAUGAAGCCGAAGUCUAAAGAGACACUUAAUUCAGAUACCUUGGGUGGUACUGACAAACUUAUAUCCAUGUUCUAUGGGAUUAUUGCGCCUAUGGUGAAUCCUUUAAUCUACAGUCUUAGGAACAAGGAUGUGAAGGAAGCAGUAAAACUAUUACUGAGAAGAAAGAUUUUUAAUAAGUAAUUGGAAAG